GCUGGACAGCAGGAUGGCGUGGACACAAGAUAAACAAUCCCCUUCUUAUAGGACUCUGUGGACCUGUAAACACUAACGCUGCCAGUCAGGGUAAUGCUACACGCUGUGGACACACGUACCGUGGCUGACAGAACAUGUCCCAAUUGAUGAAAAGUUAAAUAUAGACAGUAGUGUCCGCUAAGAGGUGAGUUUGGUCCAAGUUGUAGCAAGAAAACUUAUCAGAAGCUAGCUAGCAGAAGCUAGCAUGAGCUAGUAGUUUCACAGCAGCUCAUGUUUUAUGACAUUUAAAAGCACACCAUGUUAGCUUCUGAAUAUAUGAAAAUGCUGGAUAAGUUAACUCGAAGUGUUUAAUUAGUGUGGGUCCAAUUGGACACAGUUUAUGAAGCUAAUGAUAGAUAAAACUACGAUUCAGUGUUUGCUAAUAGUUUGCCAGCUCACUUGUUGCAUGCUCCCAAUAACACAACACUGCAAAUUUCCCCACUCUUAUCUUAUCUUAUCUUAUCUUAUCUUAUCUUAUCUUAUCUUAUCUUAUCUCAUUUAUUUAAGAAUAUAGAGAAUAAAUUAAGAAAUAUCUUACUUGGCUGAAUUACAAACUUGACUAUAAACUUAAAUUGUUGCUCUGAGAGGAGCAGUUCUUAAAUCAUUUGUGCUUUCACCUUGCUGGAAACAUUUCAUUACUUCUAACUGAACCAUAUUUCCUAUUUCUCUCACACCUUCYAUUGCUUCACCUCUGCAGAUGUAAUGAAUGCAUGAUGCAUGUCUGCUAACCACCCCGCUGUCACACACCUGCACUUUUAAACUGAUGCUCUUCAGAAAUGAACUCACCCCUCUUUGCAUGUUGUGCUGUGGUUGCUGCAUGAUGAGGGGAGGCAGGGGUAACUUUCUGGCGCUGUCGUCCAAGAGAUCGUGCCAGGAACAGACGGACUACGAGCAGGAGUUAAAGAGGCUGCAGGCUGAUUUGGAGGCAGAGAGGAUCCAAACGCUGUGGGCCCGGGGGCAGCUUGGUGCCGAACUCCGGCGCCUACGAGAAGAGGCAGAGCAGAACCAUGAGAGGGCCGUGAGGGAGCUGGCAGCCAAGCGAGGGGGCCACAAGGACAGAGACGGACACAGAUGUCUCCUAGCUAAAGAGGGGAAACAUAAAGACAGCAGGCAAGACACUAACGUUGUGUCCAGGGGGGAAAGCACUUUGUCUGGCUGUGGAAAACCAAAGCUAGAGCAGUUGCUGCAGACGCUGUAUGAGGAGAUAAAUGUUGAACAGGUAGCUCGUAAACAACAUCACAGGCAGGAAUUUGAGCUUGAAAAGGCCAUCUUCCUCUACCGCCUCCUGGAGGCCCAUGGGAGACUGUUAGAGGGGACUCAGGGARACAGACCCCCCUGUAAUAAAAUCAAAAACCUCUCAGAGAAACCAGUUUGGGACAACAGCAUCAAUCCCUGUCAGAGAACACCUCAGGUUACCUGCUCCAGAACCCCUCUGAGAUCCCAGCKUGAUUCCCUGUCAGCCGAACAGGAUCAGGAGGAGCAGCCAUCAGAUGGGGACCGUUUGACUGCUGGAGGCACCUGUCGGGUCAGCCCUCUGAAAACCUGCCACCCUCAGAGGACCCUCCAUGCAGGUGGGCACGACCAGCYGUCCAGCUGGGCCGAGUCUUCAGCUGAGUCAGCAAGAACAAUGAAGAACGGUACAGAUUAUGGGUUCCUGGUGCGACAGAACUCAGAACUCAUGCGAGCCCUCGACAAACUGGAGAAGACUUGUAACACRCUGAGGGAGGAGAAUGGCCUGCUGCGAAAGAGCAGCGCUCCUGAGACUGAGGAGAAGGUCAGGAGGCUGAGGAGGAAGAACACUGAGCUGACCGUUCUCGCUAAGAGGCUGGAAGAUAGAGCUCGCAAACUACAGGAGGCUAACCUCAAAGUGGUUAAUUCCCCGUCCCUGAUGAGACCUGGUUCUGUGGAGCAGUAUAAAAAAGCGUUUGCCCGUCAGCGAGCUCGGGACCUGGCCCGGCAUGCUGAUGUCCUGCUGUCAAAGGACAAAGAGAUAGCCGCCCURCAGCAGGAGUGCAGAGAGCUGGAGGAACGGCUUGGCACAGUCAAGGGCUCAGUUCAGUGUGGCAGGAUGGAGUACGAAAACCUUCUCCGGGUGUCUCAGAAGGAGGUGUUGUGGCUUCAGAGGCAGCUGUCGGUCACUUCCACCAGGCAGCAGCACAACCAGACCUCUGACCACGACGGCACUGAGAGGGGCGAGGAAAACACCAAGGAGGCGAGUCAAGAGGAGGUUUUAGGGAAGACCCUGUGUGCGGGGUUAGAUGAAGCUUCAUCCAGGUGUAAGGAGACUCCUGCACAGGCGGAGGAGUCGUGGCUGCGAGUAACGCCCCCACCGGGCCCUAGCCCGACCCCCUCCCUUCAGGAGGGACCCACAGAGGAGCAGCGCCUACAGUUUCUGGAACGUGAGCUGAGYAAGAAGAGGAAAGAAUGUGAAAAUCUAGAGCAUGAAGUAAAGAAGCGACAGAAGAGAUGUCUGGAUUUAGAGAGCCAGCUUGAGGAUGAGCGAGGCCAAAAUGAGCGACUAAAGGAGGAGGCAGAACUCCUCAGGAGGAAGGCACAGCUGCUCGACCAGACUCGGGCUGAGAAUGAGGAGCUGAGGGAAGACCUCUCUGAAGUGACCGCUCAACACAGUUCAGUUCUCGAGGAGAACCAAAGACUCCGUGCCAAACUGGAGAACCUAGAGCAGGUCCUAAAGCACAUGCGAGAGGUCGCCGAGCGAAGGCAGCAGCUGGAAUUGGAACAUGAGCAGGCACUGGCUAUCCUCAAGUUCAAACAGGAUGAAAUCAAACGGUUACAGCGGGCUCAGUUAUUUGCCAAGAGAGAGCAUGAAGGAGUGGUUCAGAUGCUGGAGAGUACACUGGACUGCAUGCAGUCAAAGGUCCGAGACCUGGAGGAGAAAUGCCGCAGUCAGAGUGAACAGUUUGGCUUGUUGUCCCAAGAGUUGGAGAAGUUUCGCCUGCAGGCCUCAAAAGUGGACCUGGCCAGCUCAAGCCUCCUCAGCAAUCCCAGCCUGUCAGUUCUGGCCAACGGGGUGGGGCUGACUUCAGAGAGAGACUGCACUGAUGGCACUUUGGAUUUGGUGUCUCUGGGUGAGAUAGCCUUCUGGAGUCUUGAGGGAGGUGACCCUCUCUCCUGCCCUGAGGAUGUGGCCGCUGCACUGCGCUUAGGCUCCACCCCCCACGCUGCAGGACUCUGCAGGGYGGAGCGCUCGCCUGUCACCAAGCAUCGAGAGCUGCCCACAAUCAGCGUCAGCAAGUCUUCCUCCACCAAGUCAGAGACCGCUCACCACACCCCGAAGUCUGACACCCAUCUCAGUCCACACAAAUCAAGCCCCACACACGAGGUGGACACUGCCAGUGAAGUGGAGGAGUUGGACAUUGACAUUGCUCCGGCACCUUGCACAGCYAGCAGAGCAGCUCCAAAGCUUCAAGUUUUUAUUGCAAGAUACAGCUACAAUCCUUACGAUGGCCCAAAUGACAACCCAGAGGUGGAGCUACCCCUCACUGCAGGGGAGUACAUCUAUGUAUACGGAGACAUGGACGAUGAUGGUUUCUACGAAGGGGAGCUGAUGGAUGGGCGGAGAGGGCUGGUUCCCUCCAACUUUGUUGAACGAGUGUCGGACGACGAUCUGAUGAGCUCUCAUCAUCCAGAGAUGGGGGACGUGUCCCACAACUCCCUGCUAGACAGCAGCCUGCACAGUGCCAGCCACCAGCAUCACCUCCACACGGGAGUCAUUGCCUCAGACCGGACAGGGGYCUCAGCGGCCUCCAGCCCCCACUCAGCCCUCUCAGAAUCAGUGUCGGCCUUGCCAGUCGCGGCCCCCCUCACCAACGGCCUGGACUUGGAUUUGGAGGAGGUGGGAGUGGACAUUGUGCCUUACCCACGUAAACUCACCCUCAUCAAGCAGCUUGCCAAGAGCAUAAUCAUUGGCUGGGACCCUCCGCUGGUGCCGGCCGGGUGGGGCAACGUGUGGAGUUAUAACGUGUACGUGGACCAGGAGCUGCGGCUCAGCGUGCCCUUCGGUGCCCAGACCAAAGCGGUGCUGGAGCGGCUAGACGUAAACCUCAAAGCCUACCGCGUGUCAGUCCAGAGCAUGACGGAGAAAGGCCUCUCAGACAAGCUCCGCUGCAGCCUGCUGGUCGGCCGGGACGUCAGCGUGGCUCCAACGCAGCUGUUUGUGGACAGAAUCACCGCCACCUCUGCCAACCUCACCUGGCUGCCCAGCAACAGCAACUAUGUGCACAUUGUGUCCUUGAAUGAUGAAGAGUGUGAGCUGGUGAAGGCUGGCUGCUACUCGCUGUGCCUCAGUAACCUUUUGCCCAGCCUGCAGUACACAGUCAAGGUGGAGGCACGGCCGCACCGCACGCCAUGGGAGUUACCUGUGGAGCGACGGGAACACAGAAGCGCYACCAUCACCUUCACCACACUGAUGGCAGUUUCAUGCCCACAGCCUGGGAAUGCAGGUCCCCCCGAUGCUCCUCUGGACGUGCAGCUGGAGCCCGGACCCUCUGCAGGGAUCGCUCUCAUCAGCUGGCUGCCCGUCACCAUCGACGCUGCCGGGACUUCCAACGGAGUCCGUGUCACUGGAUACACCUUAUAUGCUGACAAAAAGAAGGUACUGGAGGUGGCCUCUCCUACAGCAGGCAGUGCCCUGCUGGGCCCAUCUCAGAUCCAGUCUCUCCAGGCAGCUCAGGAGCUCACUGUCCGCACCAUGUCCGCCCACGGGGAGUCCUGCGACUCUUUGCCAGCAAACGUGCCCUCCAAGCUGGCUGCCAUCAUGGCCGGCCCAGCCGUAGCCACCACAGUUGUGCCACCCUUGCCCUGCAGCUCCCGAACGCCCAGUAACUCAUCCCCGCCGCCGUCCUACAGAAACUCCACUGCCAAAGUCUCUGUGCUGCCAUCAGACACACACAUGCCUCGCCACACGGCCGAAGGUGCUGCCAACCCGCCUCAUGCUCUUUGCUCUGAAGAUCUUCUGUCCUCCGCCUCCUACGUGAAAGCCUGGGCCCACCCCUCAUCUGCUGCUGCCUUGGCUGCGUGUGAARCAGCCUCCACCAUCACUCCAGUGGUUAACGUGACCUCCCCCAUCAACACAACACCUCUGCCAUCUUCAGCGGCAGCAGCUCCAGUGCCGGCUGUAGCACCAUCUUCUGUGUURGAUCAGCGCAGAGACACCGACAGCCCGGAAACGAUACGUCCUUUYCCGUCCAUCACAGAGUUCAUCGAAGACCCCGGUGCCAAGCUCGUCACCCCCGAGCGCGUUGCUUCCCCACCCAAAGCCCCCAUCACAGACCUCCUUAACCCUCCGAGCACGAACCUCCUCCGACCCACCAGCACCUCACCGCUAGAGUCCGAGGUGGAGGAGGAGCUGGAGAACACUCGCCUGGUGUCCAUCGAGGAGUUCCUGAGACAGGACCAGGAGCCAGUUUACAGCAGGAGGCAGCAGAGUUAUGGCAGAGGAGCUGUGGAGCCUCUCAGUGACUACCACGCAGACAACAGCCGCUCAGACCUGUCAGACAUCCUGGAAGAGGAGGAAGAAGACCUUUCCUCGGACCACCUCGGACAAGUCCAGGCCAGAGGUUACACCAUCGGAGGCAGCAGGUCAUGUAAGUUAGACACACCAGACAGCGAGGGGGAGAUCCUGGAGAGGAUCCUCAAGUUGCCUCCUCAGGUCCUUCACAGCAAGCAGCUGUUUAGUAUUGCUGAGGUGACGGAGGAGGAAGACAGCAGUCAAGAAGAGCCUUUAGGUYAUCGCAGGAAGCUUCGGCCAGGACUCGGCCACCUUCAGUCCAGGAGCUCCRAGCCUCUUCAUCAUGCUCCUCAGCCUCACACACACCCGGCCCACCCACACUCACUUGUCCCCCCUCAUCAUCAUUAUCAUCAUCAUCAUCGUUCCAAGCCUGUAACCAAAGAGCCUUCAGUCAGACACGAUCCCCUGCAGGUCAAACCAAAGACACUUCACAGGGUGCACUACGCUGACGSUGUUAGUUACCCUGAAAAUGAAAAUCCUACCAGCAGGCGGGUCUCAACCCAUUGUCCUCCCACUCUGAACCCCAACGGCAGAGAAAGAUCCCUGCUCAAAGGACUCGGGGACCGCCUUAGAAGGGCAGCCAUGCUCAGGAGUCAGAUGGCUGCCGCCGCAGUGACCAACCCGGACCAAGACCUUACCACACCCAGAAACUACCCCAAAACAGCGCAAACUGUGAAGUCUGCCGCUGGCGGUGGGAUGGAGAUCGACGUGGAGUACGGUACUGAUAGCGAGGAGCCUGUGGGCUGCAGCGGCAGGGAGGCGGUGAUGGAGCAGACGAGCUCUGAGUGGUGGGUGGAGGGGGCUCAGGUGGAGCACGGCAGAGCAGCACACCGACGAGGAGCGAGAGCUGAAUCAACGGAGCCAAGCCAGAUUCCUUCAGCUGUUUCAGGCCYGUCAAGAGGAGGCCAGGCAGAGUUUAGCUCACAGGCUGCUCCACUCAAAGAUAAAUCAAAGAUGAAAGCCGAUGGUGACGUUCGCAUCUUUGUGGCUCUCUUCCCCUACGAUCCGGCCACCAUGUCACCCAAUCCUGAUGCUGCUGAGGAGGAACUGCCCUUUAGCGAAGGCCAGAUCAUCAAAGUGUACGGAGAUAAAGAUGCAGACGGGUUCUACCGAGGGGAGUCGGGUGGGCGUCUGGGCUAUGUGCCGUGUAACAUGGUGUCUGAGGUCCAGGUGGAGGAUGAGGAGACCCGGCAGCAGCUYCUGCAGCAGGGCUUCUUGCCCACAGCGGCCUCCAUGGAGAAGAUCGGCACUCGCUCACACGCACARCUUCCUCGUCGCCCCGUCCCACCKCCGAAACCGAGGCGAUCCAAGAAAGUGAACUCUGCAGCAGUCUGGGAGGAGAAUGUGAAGUCCUCCAGUCCAGAUCCUUCUCAGCCUGCUGCCCCUGCAGCUGGAGGGAAAACAGCCUCGGGGGCUCGCAAGAUGGUUGCCAUUUUUGAUUAUGAUCCACGAGAGAGCUCCCCCAACACUGACAUAGAGGCAGAGCUGACCUUCAGUGCUGGAGAUAUCAUCCACGUGUUUGGUGACAUGGACGAAGACGGGUUCUUUUACGGGGACCUGAAUGGACACAGAGGUUUAGUCCCGUCCAACUUCCUUCAGCCCAUUCCAGACGAGGCUCCAACAGAACCGGUUUGUGGCCAAACUGCACCAGAGCCCAAGAAAGAAUCUCUGGACCCUUGGACGUCCUCUUUAGAACCACAAGGUUCUGGCCCCUCAGCCCUAGAAGAGGCGGUGCCCCCCCCAGCUGAAGUCCUCUACCCAGACCGGUCGGAGAACUCAGACCUGCGAGCACAGCUGCAAGUCAUGGUGUCAGACAAGAACCUAGAUCCAGGUCCAGGUCCAGCUGGUGAGGAGCUCCUCUGCUCUCCUCCGGCCCCAUUUCCUUCAGACAGUGCCGCUCCAGCGGACUGCUCCACGCAAGUGAAGAAGAGGAAAAGCUUCUUCUCUAAAGGCAAGAAGCUGUUUAAAAAGCUGGGAUCCAGCAAGAAGGAAUGAGAGUCAGGACUUCUGACUCUGGAGACUUUGUGUCACAGUUGAAGCACUUUUAUUUCCCCUCUCAGAUCUAAGAACAGAUCAGUAACGAUACACCUGCCUUAGAGCACUGCUGUUCAACAGAAUCCACAGAUCUGCUCACAGCUCCAGCACCACAGGAGCAUGUAGAUGUGCACGUGAACAAGCUUCUAAUAUAUAUACCUUAAACUCUUCGUAUUUAUCAACAACAACAAAAAAAGCAGCAAUAACCCUCAAACAUGUUCAGCUCAGUAAAUAUUAGCUUUAACGCUAACGUGCCACGUCAUUUAUUUAAAGCAAACAGACAGACGCUCUCUGACUAUUUAAGAAAUGCACUAUUCUGAGUAAGUUUGCUUUCCUCAUGUAUUUAUUGUCUUCAGRAGUUUCUGUGUAACUAUAUAAUUUAUUAUUUGUAUCGGACGUUUGCCCUGUUUAUCACGUUGCUUAAAGUGGCGUCAGAACGAUUCUUAUAGAGCAGCUUUGAGGAGAACAACAUGAACUGUAUCGUAAGUUUAAAUAGUUUCUGAAAUUCACAAAGUGGGUGCUUUUUCUUCUUUUCCAUUCUUUUUUCUUUUAUUUCCACAACUCCGACACCGUUUCCCCACCUCUUCGAACAUGCACAGUUUAUUUUCUUCUUCUGUUUUGAACAUUGUUGCAUUUCAGUCGUACGUAAAGGGAGCGUGGCAAUGCCAAGAAUCAAAGGGAAAACGGUUCAGGCGUAAGACAGGCAGGUUAGAGGCGAGACCGAGGCAGUGCUGUACGUUUUAUUUGAUUUUAUUUAUAUUUGUCUUUUGGAGGAGGUGGAUGCUCAAAUGUUGCCGAAAUGUACAGCAGAUAUUUGUAAAAUAUUUGACGGCCUUUAAAUGCACAAGAAGUCCUCUUUGAAGCAACAACUGACUGAGACCCAUAUUUAGUGUUUUAGCUCAGGUGGUCAUAUUUAGCCUUACACAAAGACCUCGUUUAGUCUUAAUUUUGUUUGUUUACAGGAAGUUUAUCGACUGCACUCGUAAUGUUUUACCCAUGUUCUGCCUUAUUUUGUUUGUGUCACGUUUCAGUGUUGCAGUUGGACUCGUGUUGCAGACGGUCUCUGCAGCGGAGAGUGAGCUGCAGGCUGUAAAUACUGUAAUAUUUUCAUUCGGCGCAGAAAAACUUCUCUUUGUGUUCCUUCUCAUUUAUUGUUUGAAACCAGUGAAAGAUUAAGCUUCAUAUAUAUAAUAUAUACAUUUGAUAUGUAUUAUUACCCUUGUUUUUUGGGGGGAUCUGUACAUAUUUUUGUCAGUGUUUUCAGAUUUUAUUUAAUUUUUUGUUGGUUUAUUUCUCUGCAUGACUGAGCAGUGUUGAUGGAGGACUACAGAUGUCGAGGACUUGAAGUUGUGAUGAACUCUUUCAAAAAAAAAAAAGAAACUUUUUACCAGAAUAAAGUCUGUAUAUUUUCACAGAAAA